AGACGUCGCUUCAGCGCCGUUUACAGCGCACUCGAUCGCUCGCGGGGCACGCUCGUAGGGGUGGUGACGAGAUCGAUACCGCGCCGGAACCGCCUCGAAGAAGCGGCUCGAGCCCGCUCGUGUUAACCUAGGGUCGCGCGCGCGGAAAGAUCGACGAACCCGCGCGCGCGCGCGCGUCGAGCUCAGAUCCCGCGAACGGAGAUGAGUCUCCCGAAGUUCUUGAAGGACGACGCGUGGCUGAAAGAGUUCGACGAGGCGGAGCAGAUCUUAAACGAAGCGUUCGAGAUCGUGUACGAGCGCGAGGAUGGCCUCAUGGAAGGCAAGAACGUCUCCAAGCUGACGGAGGCGGUGAACGCGAAGGCGAGAGCGCUCGAUGGUAAACUCGACAAGCUGGAGAAUUUGCUCACCGAGACGCGAAUCAACGAGAAGGAGACGACGCGAAGGAGGGACUUGAUGCGCGGUCUGCGCGUCCGAGGCGAGGAGGUCGUGAGUUUACUCGGCGAGAACCCCUCCGGCGGCGGCGAGGUCGUCGCCGUCGCCGCGGCGGCGACCACACGGGACGACGCGAGCAGGAUGGAGCGAGGCGAGCGGUCGAGGACGCCGGAGACGGCGCGCACGGCUGGGCUCGACGACGACAGCCUCCUUCAGCUGCAACGGAACACGAUGCGGGAGCAGGACGACGAUUUGGACGACCUGUCGAGGAUCGUCACGAGCACGAAGCACAUCGGUCUGGCCGUGGGCGAGGAGAUCGAUCUCCAAUCGAGGCUGCUGGACGAAUUAGACGAGGACGUGUCUCGGACGGGAAGCGCGCUGCGACGCGCGUUGAGAAUCGCGAAGCGCGUGUUCUCGAAGGCGGAGAACUGCAAGCUCCUGGUGUACAUGUCCGUCCUGGUCGCGAUACUGCUCGCCGCGCUCGUGAUCGUGCUAGAGCGCAAGCACUGAUGAUCGAUCGCUUUGUUCGAGGAAUAGCCCUAGCACGACGAACAAACACGACGGAAUAAAGAAGGAAUAGUUGACGAAUUUAAAUC